AUUUAAAAUAAAACAGGAAGUAGUACAUUUUCAAAAUAAAAGACAAAAAACGCAGGACAAGACAAAACCCCCCCACGGUGUGACAAACUGAAAUAAGGAGAUAAAGUAAGUGGAUGAAUUUGUUGGGGAUGCAAGCCAGGAUUGUGUUGCAGAAGUCUAUGCAUGAUGUGACCAAGGCAUAAUCUAAAACUUCUGUGGCGUAUUGUGCCAAGGUGGGGCGCUGUCUGAAAAUGUUUCACAGAAGAUAUUGUUUAUGUGGCUGUCGAAUGAUAGGGUACUGGGUUUGGUGGUUUGGGCAAUGAAACGUGAGAAGAUAUUAGUCUUUAGUAUAUUAGUCUUAUUACUGUUAUUACUCUGGAGCAGAAACCUGGUUGGAAUGGUUGAAAUAGAUGAUUGCCAUCAAGGUGGAUCUGGAGUUGAGAUGCAACUACUUUCUCAAGAAUCUGGUAUAUCAAAUAUAGGACAGAAGUUGUUUUGCUCAUUGGAGGCUAAACUGGAUCUUUUCAACAUUGGUCUGAGUAUGGCAAUGUUUUGUGGGAGAGGAACUGUACCAGUGAAUAGAGAGAAAUCUCGUUAGUACAUAGAAGUGUAUACUGUCGUUGUGAUGGCCACAGCUGUCGCCACACAGCCAAAAAAGUCGGUAACCUUCUGCACUCACACAUUUGUUUCUAUAGUUAAAUUUUGAUUAUACAUUUAGUUAUUAGUUUAAAUUGGUUUUAACAUUUAGUUGCAAUAAAUCACACUUUCUGUUUCAGAUAACACACUUUAUUAAAUGACAGUACAUUGGUUUUCUAUUUGAAGCGCGCACAUUUAGUUAGCUUUUGUACAGUCUUCAUUUAAUAUAAUUUCUAAUCUGUUUUCUUUGAUUUACCGGUGCUGCUGGGAGCUGGGAAUGCUGGGCAAAAGGAUCCACCCCACAAGCUCAGCCAUUUUGUAGCAGAGGAUGCUGAUUGGGCCGGCACAUCAUGUGGGGGGGAAUUUAGUGCUUUACUGUUUAUUUCUUUCUGCGACAGUUAGUAAUUUAACUUGGUUUUGUUAAGUAUGGAUUAUGUUUAUUUCAAGGAGUUAAUUUUCCUGAUUUGCUUUGAUAAUUAGCUGUUGUCUUUUGUGUUUGUUUACCCCUCUUGUGUUGGUAUGGGCUGAUCACCCAAUAUAUAAAUUUCCCUCUUGUGUUUAGUCAUCAGGUCUGUUUGUUUUGUCUUCUGUUAGUUUGUUCAGUUGGCGUUUAUACAGUUUUGUUAAUUUGACCUCUUUUAUGGGCCCUGUUCUUUAUUGCUUUUGUUUAGAAAUUUUGUUUUCUUUCAUACUUUGGGUAAAUAAAAACCCUUUUUUUGAAAAUACUACCUGUUGUGCUCAUUGCCGGCUGACUCGGUCCCUCACAGUCGUACUGCGUGUGAAUGUUUUUGGUCGAAAAUGCUCGUGUUGCACACCAAAUCUAGAGGGAGAGAGGGGAGGAUGAAAAUGUUAAUGACGACACUGUGAUGAGCAGAGUUUCACUAGCUGGACUCUGCUUGUACUCUGGUCGUUAUAUAUACACAUAUAAAGGCUUCAUGCACAGUCUUGCUCAGAACACACCUGUCCAUUCGUCUUUUAAUGUGUGCCAUAAUGCACACAAACAACAGCUUGCAUAUUUGCUUAGGAAAGUGAUGGCUAAUAACUCAUUGGUUGGUGGUGAGGUCUUGCGACUGCAGAACAAGGUCAGGGUCAUUCUUGUGCAGGUUCUGGUGAUGAUGUUUCUUUGCAUCAACUUUUUGCUCAUCGUAACUUUUUUCAGAAAGGAGUGCUUCUACACAACUACACGCUACAUCUUGUUUGCUGUUACUCUUCUGUCUGAUAGUUUGAUGUUAGUCAUGUCUGAUAUGCUCCUCAUCUUUACCCAUUUUAAACUUGCCAUGCAAGUUUGGAUAUGUGUCAUUAUCUCUGUUGUGGUACUUCUGUAUAAUAUAGUUACACCAGUUACUCUGACAGCAAUGACCCUGGAGCGAUAUGUGGCCAUCUGCAUGCCCCUGCGUCAUUCACAGCUGUGCUCCACACGCAGCACUAUGCAUUGUAUCCUCAUCAUUCACGGCCUCAGCUCUGUACCCUGCAUUGUUAUUCUCUCCACCUUUUUUGCAUCAGCCUCUCUUAAUUUGUACAAACAACACAAGUUAUGCACUGUGGAGAUGUUAAUAUUGUACAGAUGGCAGGGUCAUGUUCGAUCAGCUGUGCAUGAGUUUUACUUCUUGAUUAUGGUUAUUAUCAUUUUAUUUUCUUAUGUUAAAAUCAUGAAAGUGGCCAAAGCGGCAUCAGGAGAGGAUAAAAAGUCAUUAUGGAAAGGGCUCAGGACAGUAAUUCUUCAUGGUUUCCAGUUGUUGCUCUGUCUCAUCCAGAUGUGGUGUCCAUUCAUAGAAGCCGCUGUAUUUCAGAUUGAUUUAAUAUUAUUUAUUAAUGUCAGAUUCUAUAACUACGUAUUGUUUAAUCUUACUCCAAGGUGUCUGAGUCCUCUUAUUUAUGGCCUCAGGGAUGAAAAGUUUUUUCAUGCAAUGAAAAGAUAUGCCUUCUUUGGCUUGUAUAAAAGAAACAUUAGAUAA